UGCGUACGCACAGUCCCACAUGCGCUUCCAUUCAUUACCAGCGCGAGGGUGUGUGUGAGUGUGUGUGUGUGCGCGCGCGCUCCGUCCCUGACCAACACAUACAGACACACGGGAUGAAGAUGAUGGGACUCUACUAGGACGAGUGGACCUUCUAUGUUGGAUAAAUUUCGGGAUCGGACCUGAAUCAACGUGUUUGCGUCCCGAAUCUCAUCUGCGUCUAUUAACCGGACAAAUAUCUGCCGACAUAUUGAAGAAUAUCUGCGUCUCUCUGUAUAAUGCCGACACAUAUGAGAUUUCGGAGAAGGUCAUUUCUCGGGCUUUUAUUUCUGUUCUCGCUCUCCACUUCUGCACUGUACUUCAUCUAUUCAGCUCCUGGCAUAGUUAAUGAGUACCUGUUCAUGGUUCAGGCCCGUGGAAUCCAGAUCCGCGAGAAUGUGAGGAAUAUGGGAGCUCAGGUUAUUGAGCAGAUGGUGCGCAGUGCCUACAACGUCAACAGUACAGACUAUACAUAUGAGUUUAACUCGAGUGAGACAGAUGUUCCCAGCACUCCGUACCUCCCGGAGGGCUUCACAUACAUGCCUGAUCAGGUCUGCCCCGAGAAACUGCCCUCCAUGAAGGGCCAGCUGAAGGUGAACAUGAGUGAGAUGGCUCUAGAGGAGGUUGAGAAACUUCUCAAGCAGGCAGAUCCAAGUCUGUCACGCGGGGGCCACUGGAAACCGCACGACUGUCUCCCACGCUGGAAGGUGGCCAUCUUGGUUCCUUUCCGUAAUCGCCAUGAGCACCUUCCCAUACUUUUCCGUCAUCUGAUCCCAGCGCUUCAGAGGCAGAGACUGCAGUUCGGCUUCUAUGUCAUUGAACAGGCAGGAAAUGAACCGUUCAAUCGUGCCAUGCUGUUUAAUGUUGGGUUCAAAGAGGCCAUGAAGGACUUGAACUGGGAUUGUGUAAUAUUUCACGAUGUUGACCACAUUCUGGAAAAUGACCGCAACUACUAUGGUUGUGGUGAAAUGCCGAGACACUUUGCGGUCAAACUCAACAAGUACUCUUACAUGCUUCCGUAUGAGGAGUUCUUUGGUGGUGUGAGUGGACUCACCGUGGAGCAGUUCAGGAAGAUAAACGGCUUUGCCAAUGCAUUCUGGGGCUGGGGAGGGGAAGACGACGACCUUUGGAACAGGGUUCAGUUUGCUGGCUACAAAGUGAGUCGGCCUCAUGGAGACACUGGUCGUUACAUGUCUAUACCACACCACCACCGCGGGGAAGUCCAGUUUCUGGGACGAUACAAGUUGCUUCAUAGAUCCAAGGAGAGACAGAGCCUGGACGGCCUGAAUAACUUGAAUUACUCCCCUCUAGUGUCCCGGAAGAGUCUGUACACUAACGUGUCAGUGACGCUCAGUCGAGACCUGGCCCCUGUCGCUGAUUACUGACAUCACACAAGAGAGACCCACGCCACAUGCUACACCAUCAUUUUUAUUAGUUAUUUUUUAGGAAGGGGAGGGGAUUUCACAAAUCUUAAAUGCUCAGUGCAUUUUUUUUUUUUUUCAUUUCUUUCAUUUUUAUAUAUCCUUUUUUUUUUCUAAUUAUACCACAGUUUGUUUUUUUUUGUUUUUUUUGUCACUCAUCCUCUGUCUGUCUAUCAUGUGAAUGGAUCCAUUCUGGAAUCCAGAACCCCAUCUGCUGGUUUACUCUCAUCAGACCAGUCAGAUCCGACAUGUGGAGUGUCUUCUAAUCAGACUUCGCCUGGGGGUGGGGGGGAGUCGCAUGUUUACAGCAUGAAUGAGAAAAGCUAUUAACCUUAAACAAGUUAAUGACAAUUAUGCUAAAUGACUUCAGAAUAGCCAUUGUAGGAGUUGAGGGAUAUGCCUUUUCUCUGCCAGAAACAAGCACAGCUGGUUCUGUGCAUUAGAGUAUAAACUAAUAAAUGCAGAUUCUGAUAUUUAUUAAAUGUACAAUAAAUAGCCAUGCACUGAUACUUACAGUAGAUGCUACUAACAUCAUGGCUUUAAGUAUGAGUAUUCGCUCAUGAAACGUGGAAAUUAAAACCCUCGAUCAUUUUAGCUGUACAAUACAAAUGUGCUCACCCACCGCAGCACAAAGAGAUUUCUCGACAUUAGAAAUGAAAUGGCUUGAAAAGCACCUGUGUUCAUGUGUUUUCUCAUAAAAUAGGACGUUGGGGCAUAUCAAAGGAUGUGUACCUUUUUUAAAUGGCAAGUAGCUUUUAGUUUAUGAUUUGCUAUUUGUCAUUUCUAGUCAGAGGCAAAAAAAUUAAAAUGGCCCAGAAGUGCAAGAUGAGUCAUGUAUAUUUAUGGGUCGUUUUCCCUGAAGGGAUAUUUUAUUUUUUACUGUAAUUUGGAGUUAAAAGUGAGUUUUCUCAACUCUUGGGAGUACACCAGCACAUCAGAUCUAAUAGAGGUGGACUAAAAGCCACAAAACGUGUUCUAAGAGCCGUUUACAAACCACUGCAAUGCCAGCAAAAUGCGCCUCGGACUGAAAGGUCACACAUUUUUGCCCCAACACUGGAAUAUGUGUCAUUGGAACUAGAUUAGGAACAGCUGACUUGUUAGUUUUAUGAUUUGUCAUAUUUAUGUGGUUCUGCUUACGUCGUGUAGAUAAGUGUUUCCCAUGCACUGCCUUUCACAGUCAAAUCGACAUGCUUUGCAUGCUGAGCAGUAUGCUGUUGCCUCUCUGUGUGUGUAGUCACCUCACCUCUGAUAGACGUGUGAGUGGACUAGAAAACUCUGUUCAGCUAUAAAGAUUUACUAGAGCCAAUAUUUGACAUUUUUUUAUUUCGAGUGUUGUUGGCUCUUGAACUGAAUUUGCACAAACAGACUGUGCAACUUUAUUAGACCAAACACACAUUGGGCCUCAUUCAUGAAACUGCAUUCAACAACUUCCAUUCAAGAAAUGUGUAGAAAUGUAGAACACGUGCAACUCGUUCAAGAAACAUGAUGUGACAUUCGUGAAAGCAGAUUUAAUUUCUGCAUUAUCAUUCAUAAAUACAUUCUUGCGCAACUUGCACAGAAAUUGGUUUGGUUUUAUAAUAUCCUGAGAUACAAUGUCCACGUCAGUCAUAUAUGUAUCAUAAAUGAGGCCCUUUGCUUUCAUCCUCAUUACACGUGUUUAUGUCGUUUAGAGAUCUUAGGGGCUUCGUAAUGCGUAUUUGUGAGUGUGUUCGUGUGCAUUCUUCAUAUCUGAGAGGCUGGUCCUCAUAUUUAUUCAUUCUUUUAUGAACAUAUUUGUUUUUUUAAUUAAUUUUAGUUCUUUUUUUUUUUUUUUUACAUAUUUCUAUCUUGUUUUAUUGUAAUUGUGAUUAUUUUGAGGGGAACAGAUCAAGUUAGAUAACUGUGACAAGCACUGAAAUGUGUUAUCGCGUACAAUGUGAGGCUGAUCUUGGGAAGAGAGUUAAACUGAAUGGACGGCUGUUUCGGAUGAUGACAUGAGAGAACGGGAAAGUUAGAGAGAGACUGCUCUUGAGCGCCCGCCCAGUGACCGUAUCCCACCAGGAUAACCAAUGGUGCUGACCUCACAGACAUUAGUACUGUGCUGCCGUGGUACUUUUGUCUUGUAACAGAUAAUUACACGAGAUUGAAACUAACUACACUCUUGCCUCAUUGACAUUCUCGGCAGCGUAAUCUAUCUGUGUAGCAGGUAAAUUGUGUUUAGCUGGACGUGCGCUCAAGCAGGUUUUUCUAAUGUUUGAUUCUCUCUGUGUUUGACGCUCAUGGAGUUUUGUGCCAAUGUUUGGGGUCUUUUUUUUACUAAUUUAAUUAAUAAUUAGUACUCUCACACGAAACCCAGUGCAAUAUGACUAGAUUCCAGCAUGAUGCUGCAGAGUUAAAAACCAACAAAACGUCCUGUUGCUUGUCAAGUUUGGUUUGGAACUCGUUGCUGCAUUGCGUGUCUAAAUACACUGUACAUCCAUAAAAAGAAGGCACAAUUUAGGAAAGUAAGGAAUUAUUUAUAUGAAUUUUUAUGAUUUUUUUUUCUUUUUAUUUCACCCUUACGAAAAAGAAGUUUAUUCAAGUGUGCUAUUAGUAUACUUAUUUUAAACUAAAAAAUAGGAAAGUAUACUUUUAG